UCUACGAAAAGAGAAAUGGCAGAAGAUGCGCCAGCUCCCGCCGCAGCCGCUCCGGCUAAGACCACCAAGAAGAAAACGGCAAUCAAGCCCAAGAGUACAGGGCCUAGCCUUAAAGAUUUGAUCCUGAAGGAAGUGUCUGCCUCCAAGGAGAGAAGCGGAGUGUCCCUGCCUGCGUUGAAGAAAGGGCUGGUCGCCGGUGGCUACAACCUAGAUAAAAAUAACUAUCGGGUAAAGGUGGCAGUUAAGGCUAUGGUGGCAAAUGGGACCCUGCUUCAGAUUAAGGGAAAAGGUGCUUCUGGUUCUUUUAAGGUCAACAAGAAGACCGUUGAAGAGAAGAAGCCAGCCACGAAGAAGCCGGCCACGAAAGCAGCCCUUAAAGUUAAGACUGUUGCGACUAAAAAGGUGGUAGCAAAGAAGCCUGCGGCGAAAAAGUCACCGAAGAAGUCCGCUCCACCUAAGCUGAAGAAGAGCCCGAAGAAGAGCCCAAAGAAGGCCAAGAAGACGACUAUUGCGAAGAAGCCGGUCGCUGCGAAGAAGUCGGCCAAGAAAAGCGAGAAGCCAGUGGCAAAGAAGGUAACCAAAAGCCCUAAGAAAACGAAGGCAAUCAAUUCAAAAGUUGCCAAACCCAGGAGCGUCAAGAAAGCUGCUCCCAAGAAGAAGUGA